UUUGACAUCGAGUCUCUGGCACUUUCCCUCGCGCCAUGACCGUCGUCUGAAGGGACUAACGGCUACAGACCAACAGUGAACGAUGGAGAAAGAGGCCCACCCUCACCACGUCAAAAUCGACGAAGCCACCCCCUUCAACCUCUCUCUCCGCGCCGUCAACCCCGUCGACGUCUCGGUGCAGGAUCUGUCGCUGCGAAUCGACACCUCCCCGCCCUUUUGGGAAACCCCACCGUCGCAACUAUGGAGCCGACUGCGCAGAAAGUCCCCGACCCGGACAUACAAAACCGUGCUGGAUGGCAUCAACGCCUCCAUGCCCCGUGGCAGUCUCACGGCCAUCAUCGGUAGCAGCGGGUCGGGCAAAACCUCGCUGCUGAACCUGAUGGCCGGACGCAUGGGGAUGGCCCAGGCAGAGGUCUCCGGCGCCACGACCUUCAAUGGACAUUCGGACCUCGGGCGCGUUCGCUGCGCUUACCUGAUGCAAGAGGACGUACUGAUUCCGACCCUGACGGUGCGCGAAACCCUGCGAUACUCGGCCGACCUGCGACUCCCGCCGCCGACGACGGAGGACGAGCGCCGCCAGAUCGUCGAGCAGGUGAUUCUGGAGCUGGGAUUGAAGGAGUGCGCGGACACGCGCAUCGGGACGAACAUUCAUAAGGGCUGCAGCGGGGGCGAGAAGCGACGGACCAGCAUUGGUGUGCAGAUGUUGGCGAACCCGUCGGUGUUGUUCUGCGACGAGCCCACGACGGGCCUGGACGCGACCAGUGCCUACCAGAUCGUCCGCACGCUCAAGCGUCUGGCGCAGGACGGCCGCACGGUGAUCGUCUCCAUCCACUCGCCGCGCUCUGAGAUCUGGAGCCUGUUUGAUCGGGUGAUCCUGUUGGCGCGGGGGUCGGUGCUGUACAGCGGACCGGCGGGCGAGUCGGCGGCUCAUUUCGAACGCUGUGGUUACCUCUUGCCCCCAUUUGUGAACCCCGCUGAGUUUCUAAUCGACCUGGCUGCGAUUGACAACCGCACCGAGGCAUUGGAGACGGCGUCGUACGCGAAACUGGAGUCGCUGAAGGCUGCGUGGCGGUCGCAAAUCGCUGCAGACGAGGGAGGUCGAAUAACGACGACGGAUGUGGUCGUGGACGAGGGUGCCUUGGUCCGCGCGGACAACCACCCACCGGCACGAAAUGUGUCAUUCAGGCAGCAGUUUCGCGUUCUGACGUCGCGGACGUUCAAGACGACGAUCCGGGACCCCAUGGGGAUGGCCGGCAGCCUGCUGGAGGCUGUGGGAAUGGCCGUGAUCGGCGGGUGGAUCUUCCUGCAGCUGGACGAGAGUCAGGCGGGGAUCCGUUCGCGGCAAGGGAGUCUGUACACCGCGAGUAGCCUGAACGGAUAUUUGAUCCUGCUGUACGAGACGUAUCGAUUGACGAUCGACAUCCGGCUGUUCGAUCGCGAAAGAAACGAGGGGGUCGUGGGCGUCCCGGCGUUUUUGCUCAGCAGGCGAGCAGCACGUCUGCCUCUCGAGGACCUGCCGGUGCCGGUGAUUUUCGCCGUCAUCUUCUACUUCAUGGUCGGAUACCGUCUGACCGCGGCCCAGUUCUUCAUCUUCCUGGCCAUCACCAUCCUGACGCACUAUAUUGCCGUCACUUUCGCUGCCGUAAGCAUCAGCAUCGCCCGAAGUUUUCCCGGUGCCAGUCUGGUGGCUAAUCUGUCGUUCACGGUGCAGUCGUUCGCCUGCGGUUUCUUCGUCCAGUCAAACCAGAUCCCCGUGUACGUGCGAUGGCUCAAAUGGUUGGCAUAUACCUUCUACAUCUUCGGGGCGCUCUGUGCCAACGAGUUCAUCGGCCCCGAAGGCCCUCCAGAGGGGCAGUUCUACGCCUGCCCAUAUUCCGACGACCCGGAUGACCCGGCCUGCACGCAGUAUACCGGCCGGUACAUUAUGGAGAACCUGGGAUUCCCAUCAAACUGGAUCUGGCGACCAAUCGUGGUUUUGGUUGCCUUCGUGCUCGGCCACUACCUUCUCGCCGCGGUCCUUCUGGAGUACAAUACCUUUGCCGUCAACGUCGCUCAGGCGCGCGCGUCAGAUUCGGACCUGUCAGCAGGGAAAGAGAAGAUCGCCGUGCGAGAGGCGCAAGAAGCCCGUCGAGUGACCACCUCGUUGGAAAACUACGCGAUGGACAUCCACAAACGAGGGUUCUUAAGCCGGCCCUCACGCACCCUUUCCAUCCUCAAGCCCAUAACCGCCGAAUUCCAUCCCGACCGGCUGAAUGUCAUCAUGGGGCCCUCCGGCAGCGGGAAAACCUCGCUUCUCAAUUCCAUGGCGCGACGACUGCACGGGUCCGUGGGAACUCGGUACCAGGUACGUGGUGACAUGCUGUACAACGGGGCAGCGCCGUCAGAGAGCGUGAUACGGUCCGUCACGUCGUAUGUGGCGCAGGACGACGACGCCCUGAUGCCAUCUCUGACGGUACGCGAGAGUCUCCGGUUUGCCGCCGGUCUACGAUUGCCGCGGUGGAUGUCGCGCAGCGAGAAAUAUCAACGAGCCGAGGAGAUCCUGCUGAAGAUGGGGCUGAAAGAGUGCGCCGACACUUUGGUGGGCGGCGAACUGGUCAAGGGGAUCAGUGGCGGCGAGAAACGCCGCGUGUCCAUCGCCAUCCAGAUCCUUACCGAUCCCAAAGUCCUUUUCCUGGACGAGCCCACGUCAGGCUUAGAUGCUUUCACGGCGCAAUCUAUCAUCGAGGUUCUGCAAGCCCUCGCGGCCGAAGGGCGCACGCUGGUCAUGACCAUCCACCAGGCCCGAUCCGACCUCUUCCAGCACUUCUCCAGUGUUCUCCUCCUCGCCAGAGGCGGAUAUCCCGUGUACGCCGGGGAAGGCGCCCGCAUGCUCCCCUACUUCAGUGGAAUCGGCUACACCUGUCCCAAGACCACCAAUCCGGCCGACUUCGUCCUCGACCUGAUCACCGUCGACCUGCAAGCCGCCGACCGCGAAGCGCUCACCCGCGAGCGCGUUCAAUCGCUCAUCGACAGCUGGAAUGACGGCGAAAAGGUUGUAGCUUUGGGUGAUGAAACGGCCCGUCGUCCGUCGCAGAUGGCCACGCCCGCCGAACUGGGCAGUCUGAAGCGGCAAAUGCUGCCGUUCCGCACGACGUAUCCGCUCGUGCUGCGACGCGCGGCGAUCAAUUUCUGGAGACAGCCGGAUCUGGUGAUGGCGAGGUCGAUGCAGAUCGUGGGGAUCUCAAUCAUCAUGGCGUUGUUCUUUGCGCCGUUGAAAAAUGAUUAUAUUGCGGUGCAGUCGCGGAUGGGGUUUAUUCAGGAAUUUACGGCGUUGUAUUUUGUUGGCAUGCUCCAAAACAUCGCCAUCUACCCCUCCGAACGGGACGUCUUCUACCGCGAAGCCCAAGACAACUGCUACGCCACGACGACCUUCCUCGUACAAUACACGACGCUCGAGAUCCCAUUCGAGAUCCUCUCGUCGCUCAUCUUCGGCGUCCUCGCCGCCUACGCCGACAACCUGGCCCGCACGCCGCAGAUGUUCCUCAUCGCGUCAUUCAACUGCUUCUGCAUCAUCAACUGCGGUGAGUCGCUCGGCAUCAUGUUCUGCACGCUCUUCUCGCACGUCGGCUUUGCCGUGAACAUCACCUCUACUUUACUCUCUAUCGCCACCAUCCUGGGCGGCGUGAUGAGUCUCGACGUGAACGUCGUCCUGAAGGGCGUGAAUUACCUCUCACCCGUCAAAUACCUGGUCGCGAACAUCGCCGUGUAUGGCAUGCGGGAUCAGACGUUCCACUGUACCCCCGCACAGCUCCUCGGGGAUGGGACCUGUCCGAUUGAGAGCGGGGAGCAGGUGCUGAAGCUGUAUGGGCUGGAUGGGAACGGGGCUUUGAAUGUGCUGGGAUUGGGUGUUUGUGUGGUGGUGUAUAGGGCUAUUGCGUGGGGGGUGGUUUGGUUGAGGAUGUUUUUUCUUUCGGGGUGAUUUUUCCGAGGGAAUACAUAGCCUAUAGAUGUUGAUGCUGGAGAAAGCUCGGUGGCGAUGAAUUGGCGUCAUUUGGUUGUUUGGUAGCUAUAAUGAUGAUUUCGGGUGGAAAUAUACAUAAUCUAUCUUAGAUUUUAGAGUAGAUCGAAUCAACACCUUCUAUGUACACUGCAGU